AUGGCAUCUAAGAAAACCUACAACAUCCUCGUCCUGCCCGGCGACGGCAUCGGGCCCGAGGUAAUGACCGAAGCCACAAAGGUCCUAUCCACAUUCAACACCCAGAGCACCCAAUUCAACCUCCAAGAGGAACUCAUCGGGGGAAUCAGCAUCGACACGCACGGGAAGUCAGUUACCCAGUCCGUCAAAGACGCAUCAGUGGCCGCAGACGCUGUGCUCUUCGCUGCCGUCGGAGGCCCGAAGUGGGAUCAUAUCCGACGUGGGCUGGACGGGCCAGAAGGUGGACUGCUGCAGGUCCGUAAGGCGAUGGACAUCUAUGCAAAUCUGCGGCCGUGCUCGGUUGAUAUGCCCAGUCGGGAGAUUGCGAGGGACUUCAGCCCGUUUCGACAGGAUGUUAUUGAGGGGGUGGACUUUGUUGUUGUGAGAGAAAACUGUGGGGGUGCUUAUUUUGGGAAGAAGGUGGAAGAAGAUGAUUAUGCAAUGGACGAAUGGGGCUAUUCCACCGCUGAAAUCCAACGCAUCACCCGCCUCUCAGCUGAACUUGCCCUGCGUCAUGACCCCCCAUGGCCGGUAAUCUCCCUGGACAAAGCCAACGUGCUCGCCUCGUCGCGUCUCUGGCGCCGCGUCGUCGAGAAGACCAUGGUUGAAGAAUACCCCCAGGUGAAGCUAAUCCACCAGCUCGCGGACUCGGCAUCCCUGAUCAUGGCUACGAACCCACGGGCUUUGAACGGUGUUAUCCUGGCGGAUAAUACAUUCGGAGAUAUGGUCUCUGACCAGGCUGGAUCUCUGGUUGGCACGCUGGGAGUCUUGCCGAGUGCCAGCGUGGACGGAUUACCUCGUCCGGGUGAGGACAAGAAGGUGAAUGGACUGUACGAGCCGACGCAUGGAUCUGCUCCAACAAUUGCCGGGAAGAACAUCGCUAACCCGACCGCCAUGAUUCUUUGUGUUGCGCUGAUGUUCCGAUACUCCUUCAACAUGGAGAAAGAGGCACGGCAGAUAGAAGAUGCAGUGCGGGCAGUACUCGACAGGGGAAUCCGUACAUCCGAUCUGGGAGGUAAGGCAGGAACUAAAGAGUUUGGAGACGCAGUGGUUGCAGCACUACAGGGAGCACAGUAG